CAGCACAUAUAUUGCUACUGGAAGAGACGAUUUUCUUCCCUUCAUCGGUGGUCGCGUCAUGUCACAUAGAGUUGGCAAAGCUACGCAGAUACACUGACCCGGUCAUUCACACGCUUCCAUCCAUCCAUCCAUCCGUCCAGCCGACCUACGAAAGGCGCUCACGCCACGUGAGUCAGGCGGUCAGUCGUGUGUGUGCAGUAGGAAGCUGAGAGCGGCAUGGAAUGUCGAGAAGAAGUAUGACGACUCGGCCAGGCGGCUCUCGGACGGCUUCUGCGACAUGUGCAGGUCCACUAAGGCCGCGUGCGACAGCACCUGGACCAAACCGCUCAUCGCCAACGCUCCGAUGAACAGACCCAAGACGUCGUCCGCUGUGAUCUGUCGGGGCAGAAAGAGAUGACUGAUGUGACUGAUUUCUCCCUUCAUUGUGUGUAUGUGCGUGUGUACCUCACUCACCUCGACAGGUCGCCUUGACUGCACGGCUCCCCUGGCCGCUUUCUUAGUGUGCUCUUCAACGCUGCCUGAAUACAAUGCACACACGCAUCCCUCCAUCCAUCGAUCGACAUGGAGUGCGGGGAUGCGGUGUAAUGAGUGUGGUGGUGUCAUCUCAUGCAGUGCAGUCAGUGUGUAGUGUCCUGUACGGUGGAUGAGUUGGCAGCUGUCCCGGAUGCAGUCGAGCUUCUCGUGAGGGGACGCCAGAUCCUCCAGCUGAGUGAGUGAUACACACGGUGGACACACACACACAUCCACUGGCAUUGAUGUGCCUAAACCAGUUCCCCCGUUCACUUCACGUGUGUGUGUGUGUGUGUACCUCUUUCAGCUUGUCUGCCGGUGGCUGCAGGUUGACGUCCCGCAACGCCGAAGGAAUCUGCGGCGGGCCGGGCCACGACAGACAGUCACACAUUGUCUGUCAACUGGCUGCUCGUGCGCAAACCACCAACCAACCUACCUGGAAGUAGUCGAAGAACUGUCUGCUGACGGCGAGGCUCUUGAGUUUCCGCUGCACGAUGGCCUCCUUGUCGCUGAGGGCCUUGGUCAGGUGGUCCCACAGAAAGGGGUGCAGCUGGCUGUAGACGUACCUGCACACAGACAUAGGGAAGCGGUACGAGAUGAGAGAGUGGUGGGUGUGUCCAUCCCUCCAUCCCUCCAUCCAUCCAUCCAUCUGUUGUGUGUGGUGUGGUGUGCGUGCCUUUCCAUGGUGAGGUGUAGCUGGUGUCUGUGUUGUCCCAUCGCCCCACCGACUUGCUGGCUCUGCUGACGCCAUACACGACCCACCUGUGAGUACAGAUGCACACAAGCAAAAGGCAGGCAGACAGGCCGGGCACACAGGAGGACAGAAUCGUGUAGGUCGGUGGCUGCCUGAUGGAUGGAUGGAUGGAUGGAUGGCUCACUCCUUCACUCUCUGACCGCUUCUGAGCAGAUCUCCUGCAGUCGGUACGCCACAUCGUCCUCCAGACCAGCCACCUGCAGCCAUCGACACCCGCCCGCACACACAUCCCUCCGUCCCUUUAUCCCUCCCUCCCUCCAUCCCUCCCUCCCUCCCUCCCUCACCAGCACGUAUGUGUUCUCGAAUCGUCGAAGGGUCCUGCUGAGGCUCUUCUGCAGCGUCUGAUCCAGCUGAAACCACCUGUUUAUGGGGGGCGGACACACGCACACGACCACACACAACAGGGCAAUCAUGACUUGGGCUGCCAUUCGCCAAGCCAUCCAUCCAUCCAUCCCCUACUCGUGCACGGUUUGCUCCACGGCAGCUGCGGUUGACAUGGCUGCGGCGGAUGGCGACCCCUGUGACCCACUGCGUGACGAGUUGCGGCCCCGGCUGGUGGUGCCGCGGCCCGACACGGUGCCGGUGCUCUCAAAUCGACCCUGGAGAGGGCGGUCGAUGCACACCACUGACGGAUGGAUGGAUGGCACAGACAUAGAGGUAGAGUGGUGUUUGAAUGAGUUCAUUGGAUCGUUGUGUGGUGCCUGCCUCCCUGCCACUGACAGACCUUUGAAGGUGUUUCCAUGGUCGUACAGGCUCUCCUCUUGCACGACGGCGCAGACGCGCUGCUCUUUGAAGCCGAACGACGUGAACACACAACUGUUGCGGAUCUCUGCAGCAGGGCGGGUGAACGGACUCACUCAUAGGACGCUUGGUAGCCUGUGGAUGUCUGUCUGCCUGUCUGUCUGUCUGUCAGUCUGUCUGAGUGGGUGUGGUGGCUCACCCACUCCCUGCCCUAUGACAUUCAGAAAGUGGCCUGGAAUCAACACACACGCACUCAUCAACCAAUCGAUGGCUGCACUCCUCCUUCAGGUCUGUCUGUCCGCUAUACGCACCGCACCUGGUAUGUGUGUUGCCUGCAGAAUAUGAGUCUCUGACAAACACAAACACACAACACACACAAAGAUUCAACUCAUUGCACUGCAUGUCUUCUUUGCCGCAGACAGACAGACAGACAGACAGACGGCCUGACCGAUGAGCACUUGUGUGAUGUGGACGCCCAGCAGCGACGACGCGCACGGCAGCAGCAGAAUGGUCUGCUUCUCCGCCACGAACUUGUAGAGUUUGUCGAAGUUUUGCCGCAGCACAGUGAGGAACGGGUUGGAGCUCAGAUCUUCGCCUCCUGGGACACCUGCACUCAUCCUGAUAGCCCGUGAGCAGAUCUUUUC